AAAAAAAUGUACAGUUUUUAACUGUAAAUAAAAUAAGAGCCAAAUUACAAAAGAUACAUGUUUUUGUAUGUCCGGUCUGUUUCUAAUUUUUGUUCUUUAAAAAACAGAACUUGAGACAUUCUCGUGUGUAACAUUUCAAUCGAGUUAAGGUUUUUUUAAAUGUUUUAUUUAAAAACAAAAAUGCAGGCAACCAUGAAACCUUAUGUUUGUAAAGUCUGUAAAAAAUGUUUUGUAUUUAAAGAGAACUUUAAAACGCACAUGAGAAUGCAUCCUUCUGAAAAACGUCAUGUUUGUGAAGUGUGCGAAAAACGCUUUACACAAAUUUGUGAAUUAAAACUACACAUUAGAGUACAUACUGCGGAAAAACCUUACAUUUGUGAAGUAUGUAGAAAAGGUUUUUCCCAAAUUAAUAGUUUAAAAUCUCAUAUAAGAAUACAUACUGGAGAAAAACUGUACAUUUGUGAAGUGUGUAGAAAAGGUUUUACCCAAAUUCAUCAUUUAAAAUCUCAUUUAAGAAUACACACUGGAGAAAAACCGUACAUUUGUGAAGUGUGUCAGAAGUGCUAUGCACGAAAUUAUAUGUUGGAAAUACACAAAAGAAGUCAUACUGCAGAGAAACCUUAUGUUUGUGAAGUUUGUAAAAAAAUAUUUGUGUUUAAAGAGAACUUUAAAACGCACAUGAAAAUGCAUCCUCCUGAAAAAUGUUAUGUUUGUGAAGUGUGCAAAAAACGCUUUUCACGAAUUGAAGUAUUAAAAACACACAUUAGAAUACAUACUGCGGAAAAACCAUACGUUUGUGAAGUAUGUAGAAAAGGUUUUUCCCAAAUUGGUCAUUUAAAAUCACAUCUAAGAAUACACACUGGAGAGAAACCUUAUGCUUGUGAAAUAUGUGAAAAACGUUUUGCACAUAAUAGUUCCUUAAGAGCACACAUGAGAGCUCAUACUGGAGAACGUUCUCAUGUCUGUCCAGAGUGUAGUAAAGGCUUUAAAUGCCUCCCUAAUUUGAAAAUUCAUAUGAGAACACAUACUGGAGAGAAACCUUAUGUUUGUGAUGUAUGUGAAAAAAGUUUUACAAGAAUGAAUCAAUUAAAAGUCCACAUGGCAACACAUUCAACAGAGAAACCUUAUGUUUGUGAUAUGUGUAAAAAAUCUUUUGCACAUCUGAGUUAUUUAAAAAAACAUAUUACAAGACACUGCCCAAAAACUUUGUUUGUGAAGUGUGUAAAAAAGUCCGAGACUUUCAUUGUUUAAAAAUACAGAUGAUAACACAACAGUGGCGUAGCGGGGGGGGGGGGGGGGAUAUAAUUUCACAUUACUUAAUAAAAAUAUUUCAACCAUUUCAUAUUUUUAUUACAGCUACAAUAUUAUACAUAGCAUUAAUGAUUAUAUGAUUCUUUUGAAAAUAUUUUGGAAAAUGUAUUGCUAAAGCUUUCUGUCUCUAAUAAACAAAUUUUUGUAUGUGGUGAUUUUAAUAUCAAUCUUUUAGAAAACACAAAUACCACUAUUAGAUUCAGAACAUUGUUAAAGUCAUAUAACCUCCCAAACCCAAAGGAUGGUCGAUAGUCCUGCUCUCGCGGAUCGCUUGGAACCUCUGCGUCUACGGAGGGACUUCGGUUCUCUGUGUUUUAUACCGCAUGGUCCAUAGGGAAUGCUCUGAGGAAUUAUUCGAGAUGAUCCCCUCAUCUUUUUAUCAUCGCACCUUCCGCCAUCGGAGCAGGGUUCACCAUAUUAUCUGGAACCGCUGCGUUCAUCAACAGUGCGUUUCCAAAGAUCUUUUUUGCCACGUACCAUCCGGCUUUGGAAUGAACUCCCCUCCACGGUGUUUUCCGAGCGCUAUGACAUGUCCUUCUUCAAACGAGGCUUGCGGAGAGUACUUUAUGGUAGGCAGCGGCUUGGCUCUGCCCCUGGCAUUGCUGACGUCCAUAAGCGACGGUGACCACUUACCAUCAGGUGGGCCGUAUGCUCGUCUGCAUACAAAGGCAACAAAAAAAAAUAAAAAAAUUAUUGCAUAACCAUGUCAACAAAUUUAAUGAAAUUUUUAAAUUUAAGAAAAUUAAUUCAAGCAAUAUAAUAAAAAGUUUUAAUAGCCUUAAUGUAAAAAAUACAGCUGACUUGUGGGGAAUAUCAGUAAAGGUUUUGAAGUCUGUAAUAGACAUUAUUGCUUCUCAUCUUGUUAGUAUUUUUAAUGAUUGUAUUAAGUGUGGUGUAUUUCCUGACUUAAUGAAACAUAGUAAAGUGAUUCCUCUUUUUAAAUCUGGUAGUACUGAUGACCCCUCUAACUAUAGACCUAUUUCAGUACUCCCUACGUUGAGUAAAAACUUUGAAAAAAUUAAUUUGACACAACUUUUAGAACAUUUUAAUUCAAAUAACCUGCGUCAUAAUAAACAAUUCGGGUUUACAAGGGGUCGCUCUACAACUGAUGCAGGUGCUUAUCUAAUCAAAAAUAUAUUUCAAUCUUGGGAGGAAUCGCAUGAUUGUCUUGGAAUUUUCUGUGACUGAUCCAAAGCAUUUGACUGUGUUGAACACGAAACAUUGGUGAGGAAAAUACAUCACUAUGGUAUUAGGGAUAGUGCAUUGGAACUUAUUACUUCCUAUUUAUCAGGAAGGAUACAAACUGUAGAUGUGAAAGGUAAUAGAUCUUCAGGCACCACAUUGAAAAUGGGUGUACCUCAGGGUUCCAUUUUGGGUCCUUUUUUAUUUCUAAUAUAAUAUAUAAACGAUUUGCCUAGUUUUAUCGAGUCCCGACACGAGGUCGUAUUAUUCGCAGAUGAUACAUCUUUAUUAUUUAAAAUUAAACGACAAUUAUAAGUCUAUGACGAAGUGAAUGAUGCGAUUUCGUGUGUGGUUCAUUGGUUCCGUAUCAAUAACCUAUUAUUGAAUAGUAAGAAAACUAAAUGUAUUAGAUUUACUUUAAAAUGUAUUAAAUCAUCUUUAAAUGUGAGACAAGUCGAUAGUAAUGUAAUUGUUUCUGAGGAAUCAUUGGAGCUUGUUUAGUCAACCGUAUUUCUUGGUAUAACAGUGGACUCCAAACAGCAGUGGGGACCUCAUAUUCAUAAAUUGGCGAGUAAGCUCAGCUCUGCAGCAUACGCAGUAAAAAAAAUUAGAAUGUUAACAAAUGCGGACACGGCUCGUUUAGUUUACUUUAGUUACUUCUACAGUGUCAUGUCCUAUGGCAUUUUGCUAUGGGGCAAUGCGGCCGAUGUAGAAAUGAUAUUUAUUCUGCAGAAAAGAGCUAUACGUGCUAUUUAUAACAUGCACUCAAGGGAAUCCCUGAGGGAAAAAUUUAAAGAAAUUAAAGUUCUCACUAUGCCAUCCCAGUAUAUCUUUGAAAAUUUGAUGUAUGUUCGUAAACAUAUUGAGGAGUUUCCUAAAAUGUCGGACAUACUUACUAAAUAAUAGAAAUACUAGAAACAAACACAAGCUUAUUGUGCCCAUGAGUAGGUUACAUAAGAUACGAAAUUCAUUCGGGUGUUUGUCUGUGCGCCUGUACAACAAAAUCCCACAAGAUGUUCAGAACCUACAUAUACAUAGGCUUAAGAAAACUAUUAAAGAACAUCUGUGCAAUAAAGCUUACUAUAAAGUCAAUGAUUAUCUAGAAGAUUGCACAAACUGAACUGGGAAUGAGUUGCUCGCUCCGGGCAUUUCAAUAUUGUAAUAAUUGUUAUGUUAUAAAUACUUAUUGUAAAAAUGAAUGUUUAAAAAAACCUAAUAUUAAAAAAAAAAACUAAUAUUUAAAAAAAAAAAAGACAUGCCCGCUGAGUUUCUUGCCAAUUCUUCUCAGGACGGAGGCUAGUUCUUGUGAAUUGGCGGUAGUUAUUUUGACGUUCAACAAGUAUGUACUUUCAUUUAUGUUGAAUAAAACUUUUUUGAUUUGAUUUGAUUUGAUUGGACCGAUUGAACUGGCAACACCGUCAAUACUGACUCGCGGGAAUUCCCCGUAAUUUAUAAUAAUAAGUGUCGUGUCUGGCACCGGCCUUAUUUAAUAAUCAUUGUUCAUAAAGUGGCAACAUUUUUGUUUUUAUUAAAUUAGGAUAAUUUUUUAUUUUUUACAUUACAACACUGUUCAUUACCA